UUAGCACCUCUUUGAUCGGCACAGUUCCUUGCGAGGGCAAAGCAGUCCUACCUACGCAGUGGGUGCAGGAGCAGCUGCAGCAGCCAGACGUGAACCGUGGUGCUGCUCCCCCGGAAGGAGUUGCGCUGCUGCCCCGACCGUUGCUGGCUGUGUCAACCAAAGAACAUGCAAGGGCGGGCUCUAUCGGGGCACCCGCACCUUGUUAUUGGUUCUAUCCAGGCGGUUGUAUAAGGUACGCACAAUUUCGGAUACAUUGUCUGAGAUUGCGCAAACACCGAUAAUGGAUGCGGAUUUGGGUCCAACGAAGAUACGCGGGGCACAAGGAGCCGUGUAGCCCGCGUCGUCCGGGGAUAAGAACUAGCUUAUGAAUGCGCUGAUCCCGCCUCGUGUCAAGAUCCAGUAAGAAGGAGAAGAAAAAAGGAUCUCCUCACGAUAUUUUGGCGGACGCCAUCGGCAAGGGGGGUAGUCUUCGUAGACCGACAAAGAAAGCCGACAUGUCCUCUCCUUGGAAGUGAUUACUUAAACACGGACCGUGUAGCCGAGAAGACCCACAAAGGACGUGGCGGCGAAGCACUCCGGAGCAACACGGAGCACUGAUCUGACCGCCAAGAUUGACGUCUUACGACGGCAGAUGUUAAACAUCAGAUGUAACACAUCGCCCUGGAUAGUCCCACUCAUCGGGAGUCCAAGAAAAGGAUUGGACAAAAUAAGCUAGGGCUUCCGAUCCUUGCAAAGGAUGGCUCAUGGUUGGGAUUCAUACUUCCAUACCCUUCCAACUUCAUCAGAAACAAGCCCUUUGUCAAGAACUUCACAGUCGGAAGGAACUCUUACCCACCAUAUAGAGAACUUCAUUGGACAUCAUGACUUUCCCGGCUCAGAGAUUUCACAUGGAUCCUCUGCUACAAACUCAAACUUCAACACAAACUAUUACUCAAAUCCCUCUUUAGAAAAUCCAAGUUCAGAUUGCCUUUAUCAACGAUACGGCAACGAAACCCCAUGGCAAGCGGAUGGAGAACAAAUGGUAAAAGAUUACCUGCCAAACGAUGGAUUGUCGACAUCGGGAUCUUUUGCGACAGACUUACAAGACUGUGGAAUGCUAGCUCAAUCACUUCUUGAGGAUUACUCAGAUGUCAGUAGCUGCUCGGAUGCCGAUUUGGGUGAAAAAAGGCCCUCUUGUAAAUUCAUGGCAGGCAAUUCGGUUUCAAAACUUAAAACUCAUAUUACUACAAAUCCCAGCUCAUCAGAAUGGCUUUUUACUGAUGCUGGAAACAUGAUGGUUCCAACUGAGAGUCUGUGCCCUAAUAAGUCAGACACAAAUGUAGCCUUGGCAAGUAGUUCAAAUGUAACGGUGGGAGAAACCAUAGUCAAGGACAAGAUGGAAUGUCGAGAUAAAACUGUCAAUUCUUACACAGAAAACAAUCAGUCCUCCAUUACUUCUAACAUGGUGACAACUACAGUGAGCAAGACUGUUGAGGAGGAAAAUGGAGGUGGUCCAGAACAGGAACAAAAAGAGAACGUAGACAAAGAUUUGAUUCAAGGGAAAAGUUCAAACAUCUCCACAAGUAGUGAUGAAAAGUUUGCAGACGAUGAACUACGGUACCCAGAUGGCAAUGACAAAGCGCAAACUGCUGAACCUGUAUCUCUCUCUGAACCAAAUAUCUUGACUACAUUGAACAAUGUGCAAGAGCAUUUAGGGGAAAAGGUCCUAAGAAAGGAAAUUGAGGAAUCAUUGAAUCAAGAAAAUGGUAAUCCCAGCUUCACAAAUAAUCAAGAUAGAAAUAUGCAAGAGGACAAGGCUAAAAGUAAAGUAGAAAAAGAGACUUUUGAUGAGAAGACAACACUAAAUCCCAACUCCACUGAUGGUCAAGAUGAAAGGAUUGACUUUCAGGAGAAAGAAAUUCUGUCCGAUACAAAUGCACUCAACGAUUCUGACCGUCAGGUUUCUUCAGAUCCAGCUGUGACGAGUGGUCAUUUCAGCAAAGCAUGUGACCACACUGAGCAAUGUAUUGCAAGUAAUUCAGAUCCCUCCAUACAGCCAACCAACUCCACCGCAGAUUCAAAUCCCUGUCUAGAAAAGGAAUGGACCAGUGCAGCAGAAAAUACAAAUUCUCUGGAUCCUGUUUGCAGUGCCCCCAGUCUUCUUAUUGAUGGUAACAAGAACGACCAAGUUGCUAAUGUUGAAUCCUGUUUGAAGCCAACCAGCUCAAACGGAGACAUAAAUCCUGGUGUAGAAAUGGAAUCCCCACCUUCCUCAGUACCAGCUUGUAGUGACAGCGCUUUGACUGGUGACACGAAAGAGGAAAGUUGUUUUAAUGAUAUACAACCUGGCUCACAAUCAAACCCCUUAAGCAUAGGCUCAACUACCUCUGUAGAAAAGGAAUUAACAAGUCCAGUAGUGAACACAAAUGCAACCUCUUCUCCAGAUCCGCAUCAGUCACAGCAGCGCAGUCCACAGGCUGUAGAACAAGGAAGUCUCAAUGGAGAUGUUGUUGAAAAUGAGUCGUUUAAAAAGUUGAACACAUCUGCAGAGGAGGUGUCCUUGUCUGGCAUCCUCUUUGGUGAACCACUGUCAAGGGAAGAUUCUUCCUGUGAUGCGGAUGAAUCCAAACUUGACAUAAGUCCCUACCCAGACACUUCUUUGGCCGGACCUGACCGUGACAGUAUGAACUGUUCAGAAGGGCAAGCACCGCAACUCAUAUCUUCUACACAGUUGAGAAAAAGCCUGCAACCUGUCGUAGUACUAAGAACAUCAGAGUCCGGAAACUCUUAUCAUUGCGCGGAUUGCCAACACACAACUUACAAUGUAAAUCAUUUAAUUGAACACCACCACUGUUCCCAUUCAUUGCAAAACUUCCAGUUUUGCAUGACUUGUAAGGUCUACCUGACGGUCAGGAAUGAACAAUCAGAAAAACAUGUGUGUUGUGUGACUGAAGAUGGCCCUCUGCUCUCUUCUGACUCCAGGUUACCGAAGCAAAGAAAACGCCGUGGCGGCCACAGCUGCAUUAAAUGCAGACUCGUAUUUUCCAAGCUCACUGAAUAUAUCAGGCAUAUGCGAUCUCACACUGGAAAAACUCCCUACAGGUGCAAUGCAUGUGGAUUAUACUUUACACAGUCUGGUAGCAUGCAAAGGCAUAAGAAAAUACCUGGCAGAUGCAGGGGGUCAAAAGUUACAAAUUCAAAGGCUGAUUCGGAUAUCAAGGAAACUAAAAGACCACCACAAGACGAACAUCCAUUGAACAAACCAUGUCCAAAUCUACCUGAAUGUUAUGUAAAGCUGGUCGACAUCUCGAAAACGCAUCCGUCUUCAACUGCAGAGAAGUUUAAAGACCACUUCCUCAACAAAGGGAAAGAUCCAGCCGCUUCAUCAAGUCUGAAUACCACUAAACACAGUGGAGAGGAAACGACUCCAAAAGUGGAGGGUCACAUAAGUGGAAAAUAUAAAUGCCCCAUCUGUCCACGGCUUUUCAAGUACUCCUUCAACAGAGCUCGUCAUUUGCGUGACUGUGUAAGAAACUCCAUGUGUGAGGGGAAGGGCAAAAUCGCUGGUAAAUAUCCGUGUCCCUUGUGCCACGUUACAUUCACUUUGUCAAGCAACCGAUACAGACAUGUCAAAUCAAUUUGCCUCAGAGAAUGUAUAAUUCGACUUUCAAAAUCGAGGCCAACGUCAAAGGAACAGCUGCAACAGAAAACAACUAAGGAGAUUGAGCAGAAGACACAGUCUAGGAAAAGUGAAUGGAAAAAACACCCUAGGGAAUCAGCCCCAGCUUUUACACCCCUUCAAACUGUACCACGUUACAAAUGCAAUCUUUGUCCAGCUGUUUUUUGCCAUGCUUCCGGAAAGUACAGACAUAUGAAGAAACAUGAGCUGUUUAAACUCACUGGCAAAAUGGUCAGGUACAGGAAUUCAGUUUCUUCCACCAUUGUUACACCAGCGACUUUAAGUAGCACAAUUGUAGAAGAGAAUGAUGGUUAUGAAAAAUCAACUGCGGCAACUAGCGGUCUUGUUCUGAGCUGUAGGUUUUGUGGUAAAUGUUUUGACACCCCAGAGUCACUAAAGAAACAUCUUUGCAGUCAUAGAGGUGAAAAACCAUACCGCUGCCUGGAAUGUGGCAAAGUGUUCAAAAAACGUGCCAAUCUGAUUGGUCAUAAAAUUGUUCACCGCAGGAGGAUACAGUGCACUGUCUGCCAAAAGGUUCUUCCAACUCUUGGUGAUCUGAUCCAGCACAGAAGCACUCAUCUUAAAAGGGGAAUGCUUCAAUGCCCAGACUGUCCCCUGCAGUUCCAGUAUCCUGCACAUCUCCUUCGACACGUAGAGUCCCACAAAAGAAGAGAAAACAGGACAAUUCAGCUCAGAGAGAGACUUCCAUUAAAACCACAGGAGUCCUUGGAAUCUGUAAAAGAACAGACUGGGCCAAAGCAGCUGGAGUGUUCUUUAUGCAACGAAGUAUUUGAUGAUGCCCAACUACUAAGAAAACAUUGUCUUGCACAUAUAUCUGGAUCCUCGUUGAACCAGUGUCCAUUUUGCAAAGCGGAUUUCAGUAAUCGCCGCUACCUGCUGCGCCACAUGAUCAAACAUACUGGAGACGCGCCCUUUUCCUGCGCCAACUGUGGAAGACAGUUUUACCGUUACUUGUAUCUGAAGCUUCAUGCAGAGAAGUGUUUGCCUGCUCAAACCAGACAUGUGACGACCAUAUACUCUGACACUAAUAAAGGGCCACUCGUGUGCUUCUACUGUCCACGGAGAUUUUCAAGGAGAAAUCGCCUAAAAAACCAUCACAAUGCCCAUAAAGCAAACACUUUGCUUCCGUGCUCAAGAUGUGGGCAGUGCUUUGGAUAUACAAAAUUAAAUCAUCAUCAGAGGAACUGCACAGAAACUUCAGAGCUCAACAAUGGGUUGUCACCUGUCAAUGGUGAUGUCUGUGAAAGCAAUUCACAGGCGGGGCAAAAUGUCCCCAGAAUGCCUCAAAAGUCCAAUGCAACUAACAUGCUUCCAUUGAGAUGUCCACACUGUACAAAGAGGUUCAGGUACAAAUCGUUACUUUUGAGACAUCUUGUGUCACACACUGGUAUUCAACCAUAUGCAUGUAUGCACUGUGGACAGGGAUAUAGAAACCAGUCGACGUGUUUGCAGCAUGAAGCUUUCUGUGAUGGUGUCCACAAAGAGAGACCGUCGAAAGUCAAAGGUACUGCUGAAACUCAAUUGUUAAAGACGCCUCGUCUCAGUGAGGCUAUGCCCAAGCCCAAGGCAGAAGGGGAAGCCGUGUUAAAGUGCAAAUUCUGCACCAAGACCUUUGUGAAAUCACGAAGCUUAAGACGUCACAUUUUGACACACAAUGAGGUGAAACCAUAUCGCUGCAGGGCCUGUGACUGCUGCUAUUCAAGGUAUGAUCACCUGAAAGUACAUCAGACUCGCUGUAAAGGGAAAAAAACCCGAUUGGAAGUCUGUAUUCCCAAAAUCAGUUUAGAUGACAUUGGCAAAGGUUGGCAAAAUAAGUCUGGUAUGCUGGCAGCUGCUGAAAAGCAUGAGGCAUUUGAGUGCAAAAUCUGUACAAGGAGCUUUUCCGCACAGUCAAAACUUUCCCGACAUGUCACCAUGUUCCAUAUGACGAAACGAUUCAAGUGCACACCAUGUGGCUCGUCAUUUGCACAUGAAACAUCUCUGAAAAAGCACAGGAAGAGGAAGAGGUGCAGGACUCCCUCCAAUGAAUCAAAUGCAUUUCCUCCACUGGAGACAGAGAAUGUGACAACGCCACUUAAAGGGGUGAGAGAUCGAUUAAUACAGCGUAUUCAACCUUAUUUGAGCAAAAAGUACAAAUACGCAUGUAGUUAUUGCCCCCGUGCUUUUCAAAAUGCCUGGCAAUUGGUCGUGCACACCCGUCUGCACACAGGAGAAAGGCCGUAUGCCUGUGAUGAUUGUGGUGAGCGAUUUAUAAGGAAGGAUUACGUGAAGCGUCAUUCCGUAAAGUGCAGCAAAGAAAGAUGCAUUGUAACGCCGCCAUCCAGGUCCACGGUUUGCCAAAGCCAACAGUUGCCCACUACAAGCACAACAGAAGGCUUUUCUUGUGCCUACUGCAGUUGCCGUUUCUUGCUGUUUUCACAGCUUCAAGAGCAUUUUUUAAGUGCGCACAAGCCAGAAACAAAGGUUGCACCAAUGUCCUCUGCUCCAUUACAACACCAUUUGUCAAACAUCAAAAAAGAGCCUUUGGAUGAGAGUUGUGACAAACCGUUCAGUGAUGGGGAUGAUCUGAUAGAUACAGCUCCUGAGAGUAAGGUCCCCAAUUCAUUGUCCUGCCAAGACUGCAAUGUGUCGUUUGCAAAUAAAGCUGGACUAACUAGUCAUCUCCGUGUACACUCAAUAGGGCAUCCUUAUAAUUGUAAAACAUGCAAGAGGGGCUUCUGGAAUAAAUGGCUUCUGCAUAAUCACAAAAGGAAAUGUAGAUUUGGCCACAUUUCAAAGAGAAGAACAACCCAACCGUUGCAUGUCCCUUUGAAAGCGGAGAUUGACUUUGUGCUAAAUGACUCUGUUCUAGUGUUCAAAGAGGCCUCUGAAUCGAGUGGGACUGGUGUUUUGCAGACCAACUUCUCCUGCAAAGAUGAAGUAACUGACAAAUCCGCAGACAAUUCUGAAGGAGAACCGGUACAGAGGAGCUCAAGCAAUGAGAAGAAAGCUGUUCAGUACCAAUGUUCAGAAUGUGAUAAGAGCUUCACUGAUGGCUUAAUGCUCAUAAGUCACCUUGAAGACCAUGGAAGACAAGAUCAAGCGAAAAAGCGCAACGCAUGUAUAGAGUGUGGGCAGGUGUUCGCUAAUCGAGGAAAUCUUGCAAGACACAUGAAGACACAUGACGAUGAUGGGAAAUUCUCUUGCCCUGAAUGCUACAAGUCUUUUAAGAGCCAAUCGGAAGUUGACAUCCACCAAUAUACUCAUGACCCCAAUAGGUCUUUUACUUGCAGAUUGUGUAAUCAAGGAUUUCAGAAAAGACAAUCUUUGUGUGAUCAUUACAAAGAAGACCACCCAGACGAUAUGUUUACUUGUCGUUUCUGUAGCAAGGUCUAUUCAGUCAAAAAAUCUCUGGCGAGACAUUAUAGAAGAUGGCAUCGAGAAGAGCAGAGGAAUCUUGGGAGAACUGCUCAGGAAAAGAGCCCCGCUGAGCAACAAUCCAGCAGUCAAGUCAGCACAACUGGAGACAGCGAUGAAGAUAAAAAUACCAGCAGUGAGGGUAGCGACUCAGACUCUGCGCCCUACUUUCCAUGCCACGUGUGUGGAAAGACAUUCCCAACAUCAGAAGGUCUUGAGGACCAUCAGCGGUGUCACCUGGGAGAAAAACCACACGAAUGUGCAGAAUGUGGUAAAUGCUUUUUCCAGGCUUCUCAGUUGCAGCAGCAUGAACGCAUGCACAAGUCAGAAUAUCAGUGUCAGGCAUGCGGUAGGGGUUUCGUCACGCUCUUUGCGCUACGUAAACACAAGCAUUCUCACGGAAAGAGCCGUCCCUACCGUUGUUCCAAGUGUGACUUCAGUUUCACAGGGCCGUUGAAGUUGGCAGAACACAUGUCCACCCACCGUGAAGAGAACUUCCCAUGUGAUAUAUGCAAUCGCGUGUUUCCUUCCAAGAGCAGUAGAGUUGAGCAUCGGAAAAGCCACUCAAAGUCAAGUGACCGUCCCCUUCCUCUAGUUUUAAGGGAAGAACACGAGAUGUCUGCCUCCCACUCCGAAGGCUCAUGGGUGUCCCCUAAAGAACUCAAAUAUCGCUGCGGUGUUUGUAGUGAGCGUUUCAAAGACCCUGAGGAGCUCUCUGAGCACGGUUGCAUGGAAGCCAAAGAGCGGCCACACUCGUGCUCAGACUGCGAUAAACAUUUUCUGCAUGCAUCUCACCUGGAAAAGCACCGGACCACCCAUCAUAUAUCAUCGUCUAACAGUGAAUAUCGGUGCAAUCAAUGCAACAAUAGCUUUUCCACCUCUGAGCACUUCCUCUGCCAUCUGAAGAGCCAUGGUGUAAACGCAGAAGAGCCCAAACAGCGCACUGAAGUUACAGAUGUGACUCAAUCAAACGGUUUCAUAUGUCCAGUUUGCCAUCUGUGUUUUGCCAGUGCUGCAGAGUUGAUCAGUCAUUUCCCUAUGCAUUCCGAUGGUACUUUUGAGUGCCAAAUUUGUAAAAUGACAUUUCCCUCUGAGCGUAAACUUGAAGAGCAUGAGUCCCGUCAUGUAACAUCAGCUGAGGAAUUUGAAUGCAAAGAGUGUGACCAGAAGUUUGGGGAAAAAGAUGCUUUCAAGCAGCACCACUGUUACCACCAAAAGGGCACAUCAAAAGAGACCGGACACUCCCAUCCAUCAGCCAAGGCAUCCGCACCCCCUCAUUAUCAAACGGCAGGAGAGGAGGAAGAGAUUGAUGUUACUGGAGAGGACUUUUUCAAAUGCCCUGUUUGUUCAAUACAGUUUUCCUCAAAGAGUGGUCUUUUGGAGCAUCAAAAUAAACGGCACCCAAAUGAAAAGCCAUUUAAAUGUAAGCUUUGUGGAAAGAGUUUUGCCAGGAGGCGGUACCUCGUAUUGCACGAGCAAAGACAUCUUCAACCGUUGAAGUUUAAGUGCACGCAGUGCCACUCCACAUUCAAUACAGCGAAAGAGCUGUCAUUGCAUAUGCGAUUGCACGCUGAAAAGGAAGUCGGAAAGUUCCGCUGCGAUAUGUGCUACAAGUCAUUCAGCGAGUGGUCUGAUUUGAAGCGGCACCAAGAAAGUCACGUCGGCCAAGUUGUAUAUGAAUGCACAGAAUGUGACAAAGCCUUCGCUUUUCCCCACCUACUUGAUGAACAUCAACAGACUCAUGCUGGGUCCUCUCUGUAAAUCCAUCCUAUACUUCCUUUCAUGUACCUCCACUUGUUAUCAUAACUUGACUCCAAUUUGUAUUUUUAACUAACCAAGAAUUUGGCUCGUGACAGACCCUCUUCUCCCGUUUCUAUGUACAGUGUAUAUUUGUAUUUUUUGUUUGAAUACGGGAUUUGUAUACCGUAAUUGAGCCAGUUACUUUCUUGACAGUUUUUUUUGUAAAUCUCAAAAAAAAGAAAUGGUGUAAAGCUGUUCAAAUUAAACUUGUGUAAUGAAUACAGCCGGUACAUGAUGGGAUGUUUAUGGAAAGUCUUGGAUAAAUACUGUAAUUUGGAACAGCAUUUAAUGUUGUUAAUAUGUAAGAUUACUGGUAAGAAACUGGUCAUUUUAAUCUAUUGGCAUUUUCUAUGACUAUGUACUGUAUGUACAUUUUCAGUUAAACAUUUCCCUGUAUAUAAUGGCUUGCUUUUUGUUUUCUCAAGUUGCUAGUGUGGAAGUUUACCCCAUUGUGCAUUCAAAAUUGAAAAUAUGUUUUAUUCUUUUCACAAACAACCUGAUGUUACUUUCUUAAGAAGUUUGACUUGAUGCAUUCAAUGAAGGAGUAAAGUGAACCGGAAAAUCA